GCCAUAUCUGAAACAAUUAACCUGAUUCAAUCCCAACUCAAAAAUGGAAAAUCAUGGCGCAGCCGCCGAGGGUGGCAGGAUUCUCGCCACCACCUUCCUCAGCCUCCUCCUGCCCCUCUCCUUCCUCCUCCUCGCCCGCCUCUCCGCCGCCCGCUACUUCUCCUCCGCCGCCACCGUGAAGGAUCACCAAAUUUCCUUCUUGACGUCUCUUUUCCUCCGCAGCGACACGACGCUAAUCCUCAGCUUCCUCGUCAUCGCCGUCGCCGUCGAAGCUCUUGUUCGAGGUUUCAACGGUGACAGACCAUCUUUCAAAUUGCACAAACGGCGUCGCUUAUGCGUCGGGUGGGUUCUGAUUUUCCUGAUGCAAGUUUGUCUGAGUUUAGGGAUUCACCGCGCCGCCGACGUCGCGGAGCUAAGUGGUUUCGCGGUCGGAAAUCUGGUUUCGCCGAUAAGAGUGGUUUUCGUUCUGGGGCUGCAUGAGAUGACGGUUUUCUGGCGGCGGAGCGUGGUGGCGCCGGUGGUGGACGAGACGGUGAUCGGAUUCUCGCGCGAGGGCUUUGGCUGGGUGGAGGAGGUGGUAUUGGCGGCGGGGUUUGGUAAUCUGUGGUGGAGGAGGCUGAGGGAUGAGGCGGAGGCGCUGGCGGUGCUGCCGUGGGCCAGGGCGGAGCUCGAGAUGGACGUGGAGGCGGCGGAUGCUGUGGGGUUGGUGUUGUAUUAUUUGACGGUGGCGAUUGGCGGAGUUAGGGUGAUCAAGGGUUUCUCGAGGGCGGCGAUGUGGAUUUCCGGCCGUCGCCGAUGGGAGGAGAAGAAAGGGGUUAACGCCGCUGUCAUUAUUCCCGUUUAAUAUAAAUUAUCUAAAUUCUUUGGGUUGAGAUUUUCUCAUGUUUUCAUGAUCUCAUGCUAAUUAGUCAAUCAAGAAAUGUAGUAAUUAAUUUUUUUUUUACGAAAGAAAUGUAAUAAUUAAUUAAUAAACCUUAUUAUGCA